AUGGAAGUUGCAAGCCAACAUGUGGAUAAGAAGAAUGAGACUCCAUGUCCGUGCAUGAAGUGCCAGAAUAUGAAUUGCCAUUCUCUUCCGGUUGUGCAAGCACAUUUAUGGCAGUAUGGGAUGUCAGUGGUGUAUCACACAUGGAUAUACCAUGGGGAACAAUUCGAGAUAACAAGACAAGCUUCACCUCCUGCAACUGCUCAAGAGGCACCUCGUCUUGAUGAUUAUACGCAUAAUAUUUUGAAUGAUGCAUUCCCACCAGACUUGGGAGUUGUAGAUGAUACAUUGGGGGACAAUGAAGAUGUGAGAGAUGAUACCGAUAUGCAUAGGGUUGAGAUGGAUAAGUAUGACAAGUUGAUUGCUGAAUCUCAGCAACAAUUGUUUCCCGGUAGCAAUGCAUCAGUUUUGACAGCAAUGGUACAAUUCAUGCAUGCGAAGGUACUUCAUCAUUGGAGCAACAAGUCAUUUGAUCAAAUGUUACAAAUACUCAGUGCUAUUUGUCCGCAGCCUCAUAGCAUUCCUCCAUCAUUCUAUGCUGCUAAUAAGAUGUUGAAAGAUUUGGGUUUGGGGCAUGAAAAAAUUGAUGCAUGUAUUUACGAUUGUGCUUUGUUUUACAAAGAGCAUAAAAGUAAAGAUAAAUGUCCAGUGUGUGAUGAGCCUAGGUAUAAACCUAGUACUAGUAAAAAGAAAACAGUGGUGCCCCAAAAAGUGUUGCGAUAUAUUCCUCUAAAGCCGAGAUUACAGAGAUUGUUUAUGUCUGAACAUACAGCAGGUCACAUGCGUUGGCAUAAGGAUAAACGAGUUGAUGAUGAAGGUGUUAUGAGGCAUCCAGCAGAUUCUAUUGCUUGGAAGGAGUUUGAUAAGAUGUACCCUGAGUUUGCCGAAGAGCCACGAAAUAUCAGGUUAGGCCUUGCAACUGAUGGGUUUAACCCAUUCGGGAAUAUGAGCACAUCUUAUAGUAUGUGGCCGGUGAUGGUGGUUCCUUACAAUCUACCUCCUUGGAUGUGUAUGAAACAACAGUAUUCAAUAAUGACUUUGCUUAUUCCAGGCCCAAAGGCACCAGGCAAGGAGCUGGAUGUGUAUUUGCGUCCUUUAAUUGAUGAGCUAAAAGAGUUGUGGGAAGAAGGUGUUCAAACUUAUGAUAAGUUUACUGAUACAAGGUUUAACAUGCGGGCAGCUGUAAUAUGGACAAUCAAUGACUUUCCUGCUUAUGGGAAUUUAUCCGGUUGGAGUACAAAAGGUUACAAGGCAUGUCCCGUAUGUCUUGAGGAUACAACAUCUACCAAGCUGAGAAAUAAAAUUUGUUAUAUGGGGCACCGUCGCUACUUGAAAAAGAAUCACCCUUGGCGUAAGGAUUCUGAAAAUUUUGAUGGAACUAUUGAGAUGAGGGAUCCCCCAAGAGAAUUCUCUGGUGAUGACUUAUUACUUCAGUUUAAUCACCUUGUGCAUCGUAAGCUUGGUAAACAUCCUGAAAAUUUGGAGAGAAAGAGAAAGCGGACACCUAUGGAGUUAAAUUGGACAAAUAAGAGUAUUUUUUUCGAAUUGGAGUAUUGGUCCAAGUUGAAAAUAAGACAUAACUUGGACGUAAUGCAUAUUGAAAAGAAUAUAUGUGACAACAUUGUUGGAACGUUGUUGAGCAUAGAAGGAAAAACAAAAGACACACCCAAUGCUCGUUUGGAUUUGAAAGACAUGAAUAUACGAAGGAAUCUGCAUUUAGAUAAAGAUGAAAAUGGCAAGAUAAAGAAGUAUGCUGCAGAAUAUACAUUAGAACCGGCUGAUCGUCGAGCAUUUUGUGAAUUUUUGAAGUCUAUAAAAUUUCCGGAUGGUUAUGCUGCUAAUAUAUCACGAAAUGUCAAAGAUGGGAAGAUCUCAGGUUUGAAGACUCAUGAUUGUCAUGUUUUGUUACAACGAAUUUUACCUAUUGGAAUUCGGCCGUACUUGAUAAAAGAAGUGUGUGCGCCACUUGUAGAAUUGGCAUGUUUCUUCCAACAAAUUUGUGCAAAGACGUUGCAUGUUGCAGAUUUGGAUAGAUUGGAGGUUGACAUUGUGGUCAUUUUAUGCAAACUUGAGAAAAUAUUUCCACCUGCCUUUUUUGAUGUCAUGGUGCAUUUGGCCCUUCAUUUACCACGUGAGGCCAAACUUGGGGGACCUGUAGGAUAUCGUUGGAUGUACCCGAUAGAGAGGAUGCUAGGGAAGUUAAAGGGCUAUGUACGUAAUAGAGCUAGACCCGAAGGUUCAAUUGUUGAGGGAUACAUUGCAAAUGAAGCGUUAACUUUUUGUUCAAUGUAUUUUCGUAAUGUGGAGACUGUUUUCUCUCGUCCUGAACGAAAUGAUGAUGGUGGCGAAGCCAAUGCUAAGCUCUCGGUAUUUUCUCAAAAUGCACGACCCUUUAAUGGCUAUAAAUUUCUUCAAUUGUCUGAAGGAGAAAUGGAACCAAUUUAUUGGUAUAUCUUGGACAAUUGUGAGGAAAUUGAACCAUUUAGAAAUGAGCAUCGUCAAAUAUUAGAGCGUGAAAGCCUAUUUAACAUAGAACAGAGACAUAGGCAGUCGUUUCCCCAAUGGUUCAAGCAUCAUGUCAAAGCAUUGUAUAGUGAGGAAUCAACAUUGGUGACUAAAGAAGUGUGUGCAUUAUCAUAUGGUCCUGAUGAAAGAGUUUGUACGUAUACAGGAUGUGUUGUGAACGGAAUUCGAUGGCAUGUCCAAGAUAUAGAAGAAACUCGUACAACUCAAAAUAGUGGGGUCAUGGUACCAGGAACUCAUGCUGAUCAGGAAAGUAAUUUUUAUGGUAGAUUAGUUAGUGUUGUUAAAAUAGGAUUCACAUAUGGCUAUCAUGUUAUCCUUUUUAAGUGUGAGUGGUACAAUACAAGUACAGAUGUGAAGCGAAAGAAAAAGAUUGUUAGGCUUGUUCAUGAUUACCAUCUCACGUCAGUGAACUCAAUGAAUUUAUGGUACAAAGAUGAUCCUUAUGUGCUAGCAAAACAAGCACAGCAGAUCUUUUUCCUUGAUGACCCAUCCUUGGGUCAUGGUUGGAAGGUAAUUCAAAAAAUUCCACAUAGACAUGUGUGGGAUGUUCCUGAGAAUGAGGUGGCUCACGAGGCAGAAACACUCUACGACGAUGGUGUGGACCAAACUGCACAUAUUAGUGUUAGACAUGCACCAGAAGAUAAUGAUCUACUCAGUCCAUCACUUCGUAGAGAGUAUGUUGAACCUGAAAUAGUUGUCGAAGAUAUUAAUUUUGAACAUGUCUCAAAUGAUAUGGAGGAUGAAGAUUUUAUUGAUGAUGAUGAUAUUGAAGAAAUACCUUCGGGUGAUGAUGAAGGCAGUGUUCACAGUGACGAUUAUAGUGAUUUGGAUUGA